GGCAACAGAGUGGGGCCGGGCGGGAGCGCAGCCGAGCCAAGCGCGGGGCCGCGCUGCCCCGGACGCCCUUUGUUGUCUGGGUCGCCGCUAAGCCCCGACCGCAGCAACGCGGGCCUGGCGGGCGGGAUGUCCCAGGAGAGUCUCCUCGGGAUGGACGAGGGAGCGCUGCGGAAGCUGCUCGAGGCCACGCUGGACCUGGCUGAGCGGCGCCGCAUCCGUUCGGCCAUCCGGGAGCUGCAGCGGCAGGAGCUGGAGCGGGACGAGGAGGCGCUGGCAUCCAAGCGCUUCCGCCCAGAGCGCGGCAGCCACAGACAGGACGACAAGGAGAACUGGCCACGGUCUCAGCACCUGGAGGAGGAGCAGCAGGCAGCCCUGGCCGCCUUGUCCCAGGAGCUCGAAACAAUCACCAGCGUGGAGGAGCUGACAAAACUGCUGCGGGCAGCGGGUGAGUAUGAGGAGCGCAAGGUGAUCCGAGCUGCCAUCCGUAAGCUGCGGGCUGAGGAGAUCGAAGCCGCGACACUGGCUGGGAAUGUGCAGAGCAGCCGGAGGGAUGGCAACGAGCCCCGCACUGUGCCUGGGGAUGCGAAAAGUAUCCAGAGGGACAAUGCUGAAACACCAGCCCUUACUGGGAGUGGGGAAAGCCUUGGUGAGGGCAGCACCAAGCCCCUGGGCACAACCAGGAGAGGGGAGAGCAGCCGUCAGGACGAUGCAGAACUGCCGGCACUGGCUGAGCUAGAGGAGAGUGGGCAGCAGCCCCCUGCCCAGGAGCCCAAAGUUUCGGCGGACCAUGAGCGAGAGGACAUGGUGGAGCAGGAGCAUGUCCCAGCCAGGAUGCAGGAGCUGUGCAGCCAGCAGGCAGGAGACCCCCAGAAACCCAGUGUCCAGGAAGUGGUGUCGGGGACCCUUGUGCUUCUGGAGCUGCAGCCGGCCCCAGAGCCCAAUCCAGAGCCUGAGGAUGGUGUUCAGGAGCUGGAGCAGGGCCAGCCCCAGAGGCAGCAACAGGCAGCCUGGAAGGCAGGGAGCCUGGACAGCCCAGCCAGUGCUGCAGAGCCCAGCAGGAGGCAAAGCCCUAGAGGGGAGCAGCCACCCCUGGGCCAGCCUGGUGCUGCCAGCCAGCUCCAUGUUGGGGUGCGCUGCCAGGCACUGGGGCCAGAUGGGAGACAGGGGAGGCCACCAGUGGCGCCAGUGCCCACCCAGGAUCUAGUAGGGACCCCAGCUCGCCUGAACACUCACCAGUGGGAGCAGGUGCCCUCCUCCUUGUGCCCAGCUGGCCCCACAGCGCCACGCUCCGCCGGACCCCCGCCGCCCUCCGCCGCCGGCUCGGUGCGGGAGCGCGCGCAGCGGUUUGGGCCGGCGGGGGCGGGCGGCGCGGGGGGGCGGGCCGGGACCGGGGCCGGGGCCGCCCAAUGGCAGCGGGGGCCCCGCACGGCCCCGCCGGCGCCCGCUCAAAACGCGCGGGGCAGCGGCGGCGCAGAGCAGCGCCCGGCUCCGCGCCCCACCGGCCGCCGCCUCGACGCCAUGAAGACCUUCUUCACCAUCGAGAUCAAGGAUGGGCGUGUGCAGCCCCUCGCGCCCCGCAUCACGGCCGCCCCCAGCAGCCAGCGGGCAGAGGUGACCCUGGGGCUGCGGAGCACCCCCAUCCGCAUCACCACCAUCCCCAGCAGUGUCAGCAGUAUCUGCAACAUCAGCAGUGUCAGCAGCAAUGUCACCAAGGACCCUUGCACCCACUUUGAGGGCACCGAGGAGCCCAGCGGCCCUGUGGCCCAUCCACCCACUUUCUCCAGCACGCGCCAACAAUCGGCCCUGCACCUCUCCCGGACCAACAGCAGCAUGGAUCCGGAGGUGGUGGAGCAGCCCCAGGUUCUGAGGCUGGAGCCAGAGCUGCCCAACGGCAUGGAGAAGGUGCAAGUGAGGGAGGUAGAGAGAAGGAGCAAGCUGAAUGUCGAGGAGCUGAGCAGGAUUGAGGAUGAGGAUGUUCUGGAUAAGAUGCUGGAUCGGACAACAGACUUUGAGGAGCGACGGCUGAUCCGAAAUGCCAUGCGGGAGCUGCGCCAGCGCAAGCGAGACCAGCGGGAGAAGGAGCGAGACCAGCGGCUGCAGGAGGCUAGGAGCCAGGCUACGGCAGGAAGGGCUGGCCACGCCACCGAGACCACCACCACGCAGAGCACUCAGUCAGCUGACGGCUCAGCGCGCAGCACCGUCACCAAGACUGAGCGUCUCGUCCAGUCUAGUGAUGGCACCAAGACCUCCCGUACCACAACCAUGGAGUCGAGUUAUGUGAAGAGAUCGGACAGUGGCAACAGCACAUUUGUUCAAACCAAAUCAUCCUACAGCUCCUCGUCCAAGAAGACCGGCAGCGUCUUCGACCGUGAAGAUGAGAGUGCUUCCAGGCAGAGCAGCCUGGCUGCACUGGAGCGGCGUCAGGCAGAGAAGAAGAAGGAGCUAAUGAAGGCUCAGAGCCUGCCCAAGACCUCAACCUCACAGGCACGCAAGGCCAUGAUGGAGAAGCUGCAGAAGGAAGGCGGGAGCUCACCAAACCCUGCAGCAUCACAGACCAGUGUGCAGCGCUCCUCCAGCUUUGGCGUGCCCAAUGCCAACAGUAUCAAGCAGAUGUUGCUGGACUGGUGCAGAGCCAAGACCCGGGGCUACGAGCAUGUAGACAUCCAGAACUUCUCAUCCAGCUGGAGUGAUGGCAUGGCCUUCUGUGCCUUGGUCCACAACUUCUUCCCUGAUGCGUUUGACUACAGUAAGCUGACACCCCAGAACCGCCGCCACAACUUUGAGGUGGCCUUCUCUUCUGCAGAGAAGCACGCGGACUGUCCACAGUUGCUGGACGUGGAGGACAUGGUCCGGAUGCGCGAGCCAGAUUGGAAGUGUGUGUACACAUACAUUCAGGAAUUCUAUCGCUGCCUGGUCCAGAAGGGGCUGGUAAAAACCAAAAAGUCGUAGCCCAUUGUCACCCCCCCCAAGGACCAAUGGACGCUGGUGGACUGCGUGCCGCUGGUGGAGGUCGAAGACAUGAUGAUCAUGGGGAAGAAGCCAGACGCCAAGUGCGUCUUCACCUACGUGCAGUCCCUCUACAACCACCUGCGUCGCCACGAGUUGCGCAUGCGGCAGAAAGAGUGCUAGAGCCUGCCCUGCCCACCCCCCUACUGUCCUUGCUGCCAGGGCUGCCAAUGGGCAGGGGAGCUGCCUGCUUCAAGAGGGUCUGGCAGGGCCACAGGUCUGGCACUGAGGACAGGGGGAAUUCUGACACCCAGGCAGUCCCAUGCCUCUGCCUUGCCAGAGCUGCCUCUGCCCCGGCCAGCUGCGGGCUGACCCCAUGAACAGGGCCAGGCAGGCACUGCUGGGGAUGCUCCUGGCUUGGCUUGCCCCCUGCGCUCCAGCCUGUUAAGUUAUUUGUUCUCCAGGAAUUGUGUACCCUGCGGGCAGCACUCCUGUGUCCCUGGGUGGCACAGCUGCGCCCUCAGGCCUGGGGCACAGUGUGGGUCAGUGGCUGAGCAGGACCGUGUAGCCUAGCCAGGCAUCCCACAGGCAGCACCUGUCAGUGGUUCCCUUGGCUCCCUGUGAGGAAGCCCCUCUGCCCACCGCAGGCCCUGCUUGGUGUCACCUCCCUGGGGACAGCUCCACAGCUGUGCUGACACCCUGCUUCCCACCUUCACGUGCACCUGGGGCACUUCUGCACUAGGGGCUGCAGCACCUGUGGGCUGGGGAGCGGGCAGGGGUGAGAGGUCACAGGAGAGCACAAGGCUGAAGGAGCGAGCCAGGAUGGCAGCCCCUUCUCCCCUCUCCUGCUCAGGGCACCACGCGCUCAGCGCCGCUCGCCCCUCCGUCACGUCUCUACACCUGUAAUGACACGUGUACCAACACCAGCCAGACAAUAAAGGUUUACCUAGGGUGA